CUUUUCACCGCCUACCUAAACGGCCCCAAUUUCCAAAUCAACAAACCAAAAACAUCCAUUCUUGCUAAUUUUGCCUUGACGACUCCAAGAUGCUAACCAUUCUAACCAACCUUGUCGUCUCCUAGCUUAAUUUGAUACACACUUGGCAAUUCAGCUGCCUAAAUUAUACGACGAGACGGGAAGCUAAGACAUGAUACCUCACUAAAAAUAAUCUCUGACAAUUUCGACUGACAGAUUUUUCAUCUCGUCAGUCCAGGGGUGGUUACUGUACUUUGUCAAUGGAUGAAUGGAGUAUCUUAAUCUAUUACGGACAACAAUAGCAACAUGAUGACUGCGGAUACGAAGUGGAACGCGCGAAGAAGACGCGCUAUUCAGUCCGUUUUCCAAACAGACAUCUCACAGCCCACGCCAUAUUCAACACCAUCUAUACGGUUUCCUGAGCAUGGCCAGGCUUUCGGGGGGCCCUUGGCGCAGACACCCCAGAAAGGAGGCACUGGAGCUCAGCUCUUCCUCUCGCCAGGGAACAAUGAUCAUGCUGCACAGCAGACCCGCUUUGACCGGUCCUGGCACGUAGUCACAUCCCGCAUUGCACUUCCGCCCUCCGUGACGGCGGAGGAUUCCUUCGGAUCACCGCCGAACUCGCAGGAUGUUGGAGAUGAAGCAUUUCGGGAGGCUCUCCGUGAUGUGAUAGACCCAGCUAGUCGUCUUCCGCUUGCAACUCACACCGAUGAUAUCCUGGAGUGGCACACGCAGCAGGUUCGGUUACAUUUUAUGAGCUACGUUCUACCAUUACUCGCGAUAUGCGACGGCUACUCGGACCAAACACAGUCCUUGCUGGGCAGCAUACGAACUCUAGAAGCUGCAUAUAGACAAUAUCUGUUCGGUCUCCGGUUGAUCUUCCGUGCCAUGGACGAAGACGAGGGAGACCGUGCUUUAAUGAAAUUUCAGCGUGAUAUACACGCUCUUGUAGGCAACUCUAUGUCUGAUGCUUUGAUGAAAGCCUUAAAGUCGGUCCUCGGCAAGCUGAUGAGGACGCUGCUCGGUGUUAAAGGAACAAACCGCGCGCCCGAGCAUGGAAAGGAGAUGAUAAUAGAACACGACAACGUGGAUAAAGCAAAAAAGGAGUUGCAUGAGCUACUGGACUCACUUAACAAGGUUGGUUUAGCUGGUGAAAGGUUUCAGAUCUUAUUUGCAGAGCUCCUCGAUGGCAUAAUGAUCACCUAUAUUCAGGAAACCUUCGCUGGAAUAUGGGAGCCAAACGACGACUUGAAGAUGAGAUCACGCCUUACGAACCAUAUUCGAGUACAACCCACAUGCGUAAAAGAACUCCUAGACUGGGUCGAGGACAUGUAUGCGAGACUAGCCGCGGAAGUUAUUGGCACUCUUGGUACCGACGCAGAUGUAGCUUGGGCAGACGUAGCUAAAUGGAAAGAGAUUGCCACUGGACGACUUGCCGCACUCCGAAUCGAUGAGCUGUUCGACAUUGUUAUUAACUGGCCGGACAGCGAAGGAGGGAUUGAUGACCUCCGCUACUCAGUUACGACGCCCCAGCGACGACUACAACUCACCGAUGCAUUCUCAUCUACCUUGCAAAAGCGCUUACUUCAUGCCGGGCGUUCGACGCUAGAAAUACUUCGCACAUAUAUUGCAAUGAUCCGAACGUUUCACAGGCUUGAUCACACGAGGGUGCUCUUAGACCGAGUAGCCUAUCCUCUCCAAAUGUACCUUUGUACUCGAGAAGAUACCGUACGCAUCAUCGUUACGGGCUUACUAACUAGCCGAGAAGAGGUUAACACCGAAAGCCGGAAUACGAAGCUCGUUGAACUGGUCGAGUUGCUGCUACAGGAUUCUAAUGAGCACCGCAACGAACGACAAGACGAAGACUUCGAUGACUUGGAUUGGGCCCCUGCACCGGUAGAUGCAGGCUCUAAUUAUAGACGACGGAAGUCUGAGGAUGUCAUCGGUACACUCAUAGGGGCCUUGGGAUCCCCAGAGGUAUUCAUCAAAGAAUUCCAAAGUAUCAUUGGAGAGCGGCUACUAUCCGAACAGUCGGGGUUCAAACAAGAAGUGGGCGUACUUGAAUUACUCAAGAAACGGUUCGGCGAGUCGUCAUUGCAGGCUUGCGAUGUGAUGAUCAAAGAUAUCCAAGACUCGGCUCGACUGGACGGCGUCAUCCACCGUGGGGCUGUUAAUCACCCAGAAAAAGUAAACCGAGACUGGACGAUACACGCAAGAAUCCUAUCUCGACUCUACUGGCCCGAGGUAGGGGAAGAACGGUUCCACUUACCUCCCAGCGUCACUGAAAUGCAGAAGAUGUACGAGACCAUAUUUGAACAUCUCAAACCAUCGCGUAAGAUCAAGUGGCUUAAUCAUCUCGGCCAGGCCACUGUGGAACUUGAACUAGAGGAUAGAACGAUCUCAGAGCAGGUUCAUACGUAUGAAGCGGCUGUCAUCUAUGCCUUCAGCGAGGAGAACUCGUCUAGUUGGACCUUCGAUGAUCUAUGGAUGAAGCUUGAGAUGGAUGAAGAUCUUCUCACGGCGGCGCUUGAGUUUUGGGAAAAGAAGCAUGUGCUCCGCAGACACCCUGAUAACACAUAUGUCGUUGUCGAGCGCCUCUCGGAUGCCGAACAGCCUUCGUUGCUUCAAUCAGCCCAACCAUCUACCGCCGCAGCCGUCGACGUGACAUCAGGGACGCCCCGAAAAGCCAAGUCCGGUAUGAGUGAAAAGGAGAAGGACAAGCGACAAGUUUACUGGCAGUUCAUCGUCGGCAUGCUUACUAACUCAAGUCCUGCUAUGCCUCUCGGUCAAAUAUCAAUGAUGAUGAAAAUGUUGAUUGCUGACGGGUUCCCCUGGAGCAACGAAGAGCUGCAGGAGUUCCUAGGCGAGAAGAUAGGCGACGGCGAACUCGAAAUUGUGGGGGGUAAAUAUAAGCUCAUCAAAAAAUGAGAUCUCAACCCGCUUAUCUCAGCCCCUGCCUCCGUUUAGGGAUAAUUUAUGACGAUGCUGGUGAGAGCCUCGUACACUAAGCCGCGUUGUGUUUGUGUGGCUUACUGGCGUCAGCAUGCUUCUGAAACAUCCGCUAUUAGCGGCGAUCGUUUUUAUGAUGUACCUACACGAGUUAACAACCAGGCCAGUGCGAGGUCCGUUCAAGGCUCGCCUUAGUGUCGUUCGAUCGUUGGGUGGGGGACAUCAGAUGAAUAAUCGGCUACGUAGGGUGUACA